AAACGCACUACCCGUGAGCAGCCGCAGGUACCGCAGCUCCACACAGCACAUACAUGACAGAGGCAAACGCAGUGUUAUAGACUUUAUUUACCUGAAGGAUUAAAUAUGAACCUCCAGCCGCGGUCCAACCCGAGCCCGGGCUGAAGAGCCGAGUCCCCGUGAAGAGUCCCGGAGGAGAGUCCCAGAGGAGAGUCCCAGAGUAGAGUCCCGGAGCAGAGCCGUGUCCCCCAGCAGAGCUUAGUCCCGGGGAGAGCGGAGAAGAGCGGGGGAAAGCAGGAGCAGAGACGGCGGAGGAGCUGCGGCCUGCGGCUCAGAGCAGCUGACGGCCCCGGUGGCUCCGCGCUGGACCGGAGCCUCCACAGACCUCCCCCCAUCCCUUUCCUGUUCCCUCCUGAUUCCGCUCCGGGAGAGUCCACACCUGAAUCAUCGCCAAAAUAGCCGGGCCGGGCAGAAAGAGGCAACCCUCGGAUUCAGAGCCCAGCAGCGGAAGUGAGAGCGGCGACGGGCGGCCGGUCAGCGCCAAGUGCCCCAAGAUGGACGCCAGCGCAGGAGAAGGAGGAGGGGGCAGUGGAGGAGGCCGAGCCCAGCAGAGAGGUGGGCCCCUGGACAGAGCUGGCCCCCUGGACCACAGCUCUAGCAAAAAGAAACACAAAGAUCGAGUAAACCAGGAGAGUCGAGAGGCCAAGAGAGCGACCGCCACAGAGAGGGUCAUUGCAGAGGUCAAGAAAGAUGUGUUUGUGGACUGGAAGCAGAAUGCCAAUGAUGUAAUCGUGCGUCUGCGUUGUGGAGAUGGCGUCCAGAGCGCUGACGACGUGAGCAGCAGCUUCAGCGACACUCACGCUCUGGUCAGCUUCCCUGACGGCCGUGAGUGGAGCUGCUGCCUACAGGAGGAGAUUGAAGCCUCGUGCAGCCGAGUGCAGUACAAAGAGAAGGCGGGACUCCUGCACCUGGUCAUGCACAAAAAGAUCCCCUUCCACAUCUGGCCCUCACUCAUGUCCAAUAAAAAGAAGGAGGCUGUGCAGAACCAGCCCAAUGUUCUGAAGAAGCCCAAGUCCACUGGGCCCUUAGAGAAGAAUAGAGUGUCCCAGGCUAAAGCCCCGUCUCCUGCCCACAAUCAAGCCCAACCCAACCAGACCCACAAUAACCAAACCCAACCUAACCAGACCCACAACAACCAAACCCAACCCAACCAGACCCAACAGAACCAGACCCACACCAACCAAACCCAACCCAACCAGACCCAACAGAACCAAACCCGCUCCAGUGAGCAGAAGAGCAGCAGUAAGUCUGAUCGUAAACGUGUCCCUCAGCCCGGAGCAGACUCAACUGAAAAGACCAGGACAAACAGUGACAGCCCAGGCCUCGGUGAUAAUAAGACUGUAUCAGAGCUCACAGGGUCUAUGGAGUCCACAGAGUCCAUAGACCCCACAGCCCCUCCUUUGCACCUGCACCUGCCCACUGGAUGGAGCACACAAACACAGGAGGAACACACGCAUCUGCCUGAAGACUCCUCCCACAACAACACUCAGGGAUUAGAAGCUCCAAACCAGGACCUGGAGAUGAGGACCUCCCCAUCACCUCCAGGGGGCACAGAGCAAACAGAAGCUGUCAGUGCAGACCAGCAGAGGGAGCCAGACAGAGAGGUAGGGUCAGAGGUUACAGAGGACAGAGGAGACUGUGAGGAGGAGAAGAGCGACCAAUGCAAAGAAGAGCCGGUGGACACACUCAGACAAGAAGCACCGGAGCAGAUGGUGACGCUGCAGCUGGUGAAGAACGACUCGUACGAGAAAGGCACUGAUUUGAUGGUGGUGAACGUUUAUAUUAAAGGAGUGUGCAGAGAAUCAGCCAGAGUCAUAUUCAGAGAACAGGACUUUACACUCAUCUUUCAGACAAGUGACACAAACUUCCUGCGACUUCACUCGGGCUGUGGACCCAAUACAGUGUUCAGGUGGCAGGUCAAACUCAGGAACCUGAUUGAGCCGGAGCAGUGCACAUACUCGUUCACUCCGUCUCGUCUGGACAUCGCUCUGAAGAAGAGACUCAGUCAGCGCUGGGGAGGUCUAGAGGCUCCAACCACACAAGGUGCAGUGGGGGGUGCAAAGGUCGCUGUGUCCUCUGGCCCUGCGUGUUUGGAAAAGAGCCAGCCAGGCAGCAGCCAGCACAGCCUACCCCCAUCAGAAGAACCUCCUCGGGGAGGAGAGGAUACGCCCAAGACCCCCAAAGCUCCAGCGAGAGGGGAGGACAGCGGACUGGACACUGUGGCUCCUCGCUCUGAACAUGUAUCUCUGAAGAGCGAGCAGGCUGUUACCACGCCCAAGCCCACGUGCAUGGUCCAGCCCAUGUCCCAUUCCCCUGCGGUCAGCGAGGCUCGAGAGGAAGAGGAGGAGAGGAAGGUCUGUCUGCCUGGAUUCACUGGGCUGGUCAACUUGGGCAACACCUGCUUCAUGAACAGCGUCAUCCAGAGUCUGUCCAACACCAGGGAGCUCAGGGACUACUUUCACGACCGAGCAUUUGAGUCUGAGAUAAACUGUAAUAAUCCGCUGGGGACGGGGGGCCGACUCGCCAUCGGGUUUGCGGUGCUGCUCCGAGCUCUGUGGAAAGGCACGCACCACGCCUUCCAACCGUCUAAACUCAAGGCGAUCGUGGCGAGCAAAGCGAGUCAGUUCACGGGUUAUGCGCAGCACGACGCUCAGGAGUUCAUGGCCUUCCUGUUGGAUGGACUUCACGAGGAUCUGAACCGGAUUCAGAACAAACCCUACACUGAGACUGUGGACUCUGAUGGCCGCCUGGAUGAGGUGGUGGCGGAGGAGGCCUGGCAGAGACACAAAAUGAGGAAUGACUCCUUCAUCGUGGAUCUGUUUCAGGGACAGUUUAAGUCUAAGCUGGUCUGUCCCACCUGCUCCAAGGUGUCCAUCACCUUUGACCCCUUUCUGUACCUGCCUGUGCCGUUGCCUCAGAAACAGAAGGUGCUGUCGGUUUUUUACUUCGCAAAAGAGCCGCAUAAAAAACCUGUCAAGUUCCUGGUGAGUGUGAGCAAAGAGCACUCGAGCACAGCAGAGGUUCUGGAGUCCAUCUCUCGCAGCGUCAGGGUCAAAGUCGAGAACCUGCGUCUGGCCGAGGUGGCUAAGUGCCGGUUCCAGCGUAUGCUUCUGCCCUCUCACUCCCUGGACACUGUGUCUGCUUCAGACAUGUUGUUCUGCUUCGAGGUGCUCUCCAGAGACCUGGCCAAAGAGAGAGUGGUGGAGCUCCGCGUUCAUCAGAAACUCCAAGUCCCCAACAUUCCCAUUUCAAAGUGUGCUGCGUGUCUGAAGCCUCCUGUGUCUGAGGAUGACAAACUGAAGAGAUGCACUCGCUGUUACCGCGUUGGAUACUGCAACCAGGUGUGUCAGAAAACCCACUGGCCCAAUCACAAGGCUCUGUGUCGACCACACACGGAGCUGGUGGGACUGCCCUUCCUCAUCAGUGUCCCAGAGUCGAGACUGACCACAUCCCGCCUCACACAGCUGCUGCAGGGCUUUUCCAGGUUUUCAGUGAAUGUGUUCCAGCCUCCGUUCCAGUCGGGACGCUUGUCUCCAGAGAGCUCCCAAUGUCGCUCUGACCUGCCCCCGCUGUCACUGCCCUCAGAGGGGUCAGAGGACGAGGCCAUGGGCGAGAGCUCCGGAGAACCAGGAGAACCAGGCGAGGCCGAGGAGCAGGUGGAGUGUGCCCAGGCCUCAGCGCUGCACUCUGGGGACACACAGCCCCUCUCCUCUCCCUCCACCAUCACAGACUCUGGGGUCUCUGAGCUCAGCUCCUCUGCCUCCUGCUGCUCUGACCCCCAUGCUGAGAAGGAGACAUCAUGUGAGAAGGCAGUCAGGCCAGAAGCGGCUGUCACUGGAUACCAGCACUCGAGUGAGGGUCUGUCGGGGCAGAGUCAGUUCUACAUCUCCCUCCUGGACUCCAACAAUAAGGAGCAGAAGCUGGAGGACAGAGAGGACAGUCUCCUGGAGCUGUCUGAGGACUGCACUCUGGAGCUGGUGUGGAAGAAUAACGAGCGUCUGAAGGAAUAUGUUCUGGUGAGCUCCAGAGACCUGGAGUUUGAGGAGGACCCCGGCUCCCUGAGCGAGACUUCCCGAGCCGGACACUUCAGUCUGGAGCAAUGCCUCAAUCUGUUCACCAGACCGGAGGUGCUGGCUCCAGAGGAGGCCUGGUACUGUCCCAAGUGUCAGCAGCACCGAGAGGCCUCCAAACAGCUUCUCCUGUGGCGUCUGCCCAACGUCCUGAUCAUCCAGCUCAAACGCUUCUCCUUUAGGAGUUUCAUCUGGAGAGACAAGAUCAACGACAUGGUGGACUUCCCUGUCAGGAACCUGGACCUGAGUAAGUUUUGCAUCGGUCAGAAGGACGAUCUGCAGCAGCCCCCCGUGUAUGACCUGUACGCUGUGAUCAACCACUAUGGAGGUAUGAUCGGAGGACACUACACAGCCUACGCACGUCUGCCCAGUGACAAGAACAGCCAACGCAGCGACGUUGGUUGGCGUCUGUUUGACGACAGCACUGUCACCAUGGUGGAGGAGUCUCAGGUGGUGACGCGUUAUGCCUACGUCCUGUUCUAUCGCCGUAGAAACAGCCCCGUGGAGCGACCGCCAAGAGUGCCCCGCCCACUCGGAGCAGAGUCGCCCACAGCUGCAGGAGCGGCUGCUAGCCAGGCCGCUCUGAUUUGGCGAGAGUUGGAGGAAGAUGAGGGUCUGCGCAGACGGCCGAGGGGCCGAGAGGCCAUGCGCAGGGUCCCCAGGAGCCGCAGGGACCCACACCUGUCACAGCACCUGUCAGACCACCUGUCAGACCAGGACGACGACUGGACCAGAUACCUGCUCCUCGCCACCAUCGCCGCCAUGCUUGGCCUCAUCAUCAACAUGUUCUACUCCCUGCUCCACAGGGGGCCCUGGGUCUGAACCUGGACUCAACCAAGACUAGACCAGGGUCUAAACCAGGACGAAAUCAGACUAAAUCAGACUAAAUCACGGUCCACUCCCUGCUCCACAGGGGGCCCUGGAUCUGAGCCAGGACUAAACUGGGUCUGGACCAGGGAGUAGGCCAGUAACAUGUAGUCAGUCAAAGUAGGACGAAACCAGGACUGAACCAGGACUGAACCAGGACUAAACCAGGACUAAAGCGAGUUCUUAACCAGGACUAGGUCUGCAACAUGUAGUGGACUGAACCAGGACUGAACCAGGACUGAACCAGGACUGAACCAGGACUGAACCAGGACUGAACCAGGACUGAACCAGGACUGAACCAGGACUGAACCAGGACUACGGCAAGGUCUAAACCAGGGACUAGACAUGUAGCAUGUAGCGGACUGAAGCAGGACUGAAAGCGGGUCUCUGAAGCCCUGGAGCUGACCUGCGAAGCCUAUGCAUGUGUCCCCCUUUAACUUUUUGCACCUUUAUAUUUAUGCAAUGCACCAGGACUGUUCUGAGGCUGAGGCAGUUUUAACACUGUCUCAGACUAAAAAGAACUUUAUCUUUGUCUUAAACAUAAAGAUUCUCUGCACAAGGAUCGUGGUCAGAUCAUGUGUUUUUGGUGCUCGCCUUUAAACGCAGCGUCAGAUGAAGUCUGUUCUCAAUCUUUAGAUUAUUUUAGACUUUACAUAAAAACUGAAGUAAACUUAGAUAAUGGCAUGUUCAGAACACUAAACGUUGAUGAGGUCAGCACACUGCAAAACAUCUGCGAGUUUUAAAUAAAUUCAGACUUAAACUGGAUUUGAUCAAUUUGUUGUUUUUAUUAUGAAGCAUAUUUUUACUACAAAAACCUUGAAAUUGGUUUGGGUCAUAAAAUAUAUUUAAAUAUUAUUAAACACAAAUAUAAAAUAUAUUCAAACACAAAGAAAUAUGUUGAAAUCUAUUUUAAAACAUUUGUCAAAAUGAUGAUGAAUUGAUAUAAUUUUAAUGAAACAUGUGAUUUUUGUUUUAAAGCCAUAUUUUAAACGUCUCUCAGGAGCUGACACUACAAAACAUCUCCACGAUCUGUGCUCUGUUACCUCAGUUCCCUUUUAUUAUUUAAAUUCAACAGGUUGAGGAGGAAAGGCUCAAAUCCAGGUCCUAUCUAUAAACCCAAACUUGUCCAAUCAAUAUUUUUUAUUAAUUUCUAGCCAUUUUUUUCAGGGCGUCACAGUUGUGUGAGAAUUUUUAAUACCUAUAUACAUUAUAAAUGUAAGCUCUUGUUCUGAUCUGUCCAAAGACGUUGUUGAAUGUUUUGAACUCAGGGAGGCGCUGCAGCACGUAUUUGGAGCCUUAAUGUUUUUCGCCUUAUGCAAUUGUCUAUUCAUGUAAAACUUAUGAAUAUGCACACCUGUAAUUAGGGCAGGGCCAUGUGCUGAUAGGGCAGGGCCGUGAUUGGGCAGGUCUGUGUGGUCAUGGGGCGGGGCCAUGUAGUGUAGGGUGGGGGCAUGCGGUCAUAGAGCGGGGCUAUGUGAUCAUCUUUGAUGAUCUGAUAUUUUGAGCAAAUUGUCAAAAUGCAAUUCCUUAUUUCUCAUUUUAAAGCUGCUGUCUGCUCAAACACAGAUGGUUCUAUUGGUCACCUCUGUAAGGCUCUGAGUGAGUGACAGCUAGAUUUAACCAAUCACAGUGAAGUGUGAACAUUCAGAAGAAGCAGAUGUCUUUAUUUACCUCUUUAAAGGUCCUAUAUUACACAAAAUGGACCCACAUACCUGGAGUCAUUCACACGUUUAACUCUUUAGUAACACUUUAUUAUUAGUCUGUCUACAUCUCCAAAGCUCAAAAUGCUCUGUUUCACCUUGUGAUGUCAUGAAGUGGUAGUUUUUAAGUUAACAGCCCCUUUUACCUUUAGUUCAGUAGAGAUUGGCAACUCCAGGUCUGAAAUUAUUCAAAUGAUUCUAGUGAAGGUGUGUGGAGUUUAAAAACACAGUGGAGCACUUCCUGUAUUACCACAUGACAUCACAAGGUGGAACAGAGUGUUUUCAGUUUGAGAGAAGAACUCGGCCUAAAUAUACAGGGUUUGAGUGUUAAACAUGUGUGAAUGAAACAAAACACAGCCCCAGGUCUGUUUGUGACGAGGAAACAUCAGGUCAGAGGUCAGAGUCACAUGGGCAUUUAAAGGUAAUAGUAAAACACAAAUUUUACAUGAAUCAUGACCAAACUGAAAUUUGUGUUUUUUAUCUUUUGCCAUAUCACCCCCUGCUCUCUAUAAUGAUCAUAUCGCCCCCUGCUGCCUGUAAUGAUCAGCCUUAUUUUUUGGUAAAUCGUGUGCUGUUGAAUGAACUGUGGAAGCUAAAAUAUUCUUGUAACUAUAAUAAUGAUUUUAAUGGUUUUAAAUGUCUAUAAAAGUACUGUAAUGAUCCUGCAAUCAUGUCAAACUGUAAUACCUCCAUGAACGUGGAAAUAAAAUGUUUUCUUUUUCUUUUG